UACUAUUUCUUUUCUGUAUCCAGGAAUUUAUUUGGAGAACAGAACCUGAUCAUAGUGAUUAUGAGGUCCUAUUGUGAUUGAAUUUUGUCUGGAAUAGGAGGGGAAAAGAAACAGAACGAGAUGUUCUCAUUGUUUUAUGGACUUUGGAAGUAUCUCUUUAGUAAGACGGAGUUCCAUGUCCUAAUUCUUGGAAUCGACAAGGCUGGAAAAACUACUUUACUGGAGAAGUUAAAAGCAUUGUACUCAAACUUGGAAGGUCUCCCCCCUGAUCGAAUUGUUCCUACCGUUGGGCUUAAUAUCGGCCGUGUCGAAGCAUCAAAUACCAAACUUGUCUUCUGGGACUUGGGAGGUCAAAUUGGUCUUCGAACAAUUUGGGAAAAGUACUAUGAAGAGGCACAUGCUGUAAUAUAUGUAAUUGAUGCUGCUUGCCCCUCACGCUUUGAGGAUUCGAAAUCAGCCCUCGAAAAGGUACUACGUCACCCAGAUUUACAAGGAGCCCCUCUGUUGAUACUAGCAAACAAGCAGGAUCUUGGUGGAGCCGUGUCAGCAGAAGAAUUGUCGAGGUAUUUGGACCUCAAGGAGUUGGACAAAAGGCUGUUCAUGUUUGAAGCUGUUUCAGCAUAUGAUGGAACUGGGAUCAAAGAUGGUAUAGAGUGGCUAGUGGAGGUUAUGGAGAGAAGUAAGAGAACAGAAACGUUAAGAGUACGUGCAGGUAUCUCAGGCAGUGUUCCUCCUUAGGACUUAUUUUAAAGCAAGAUGACAUUGAUUGGUUUAGCCUCAAGUACAACCCACCAAGAAAAAUCUCAUUUGCUGCUGAAAGAUCACUGGAAGCUGAUGGCACUUGCUUUAAAAACCAAUUGAUUCUAUUGCAUACAUUAAGUUACCGCAUGUAAUUUUAAGAUUAGUUGUAUAUGUCAUUGAAAUUUCAAUAUUUUCAUGA